AUGGCUGAGCAAAUCGCAAAUGGAAAUGUUGAAAAGCGCAACAAGUACUUUGAGGACUCUGGCGACGAUUUCUUAUAUCAUUUUGGGUUCGGCGUUAGUACCAUCGAUAUUCCUAAAAUUUUUGGAGACACUAAGUAUGUUUGCGCCGGUGGUGCUCCAACUCGCUUCAAGCUCUACGCGGAAUGGUUUGCCAAGGAAGCCGGCAUUCCGUGCAGCGAGAAUUUGUCAAGGUCCGAUCGAUUUGUGAUCUACAAGACUGGGCCAGUGUGCUGGAUAAAUCAUGGAAUGGGAACCCCAUCGUUGAGUAUAAUGCUCGUUGAGACGCUGAAACUCAUGCAUCACGCGAAAGCCAAGGAUGUUAAAUUCAUUCGGCUCGGCACUUCUGGAGGAGUUGGUGUUGAACCGGGAACUGUCGUCGUCACCACGGAGGCGAUGAACGCCGAACUCAGCGACAAACAUGUUCAGGUUGUCGCUGGCAAACGAAUUGAGCGACCCACUCAACUUGACGCGAAGCUCCGCGAGCAACUCUGCGCCGUUGCCAAUGAGAAGGGAAUUCCGGUGGUGACCGGCAAGACAAUGUGCGCUGAUGACUUUUAUGAAGGACAAAUGCGACUUGAUGGCUAUUUUUGCGACUACACUGAAGCCGACAAGUACGCAUUCUUGAACAAAUUGCAUGAGCUCGGCGUACGAAAUAUUGAGAUGGAGAGCACGUGCUUCGCGAGCUUCACCUGUCGCGCCGGAUAUGCAUCCGCCAUCGUCUGCGUGACGCUUUUGAAUCGCAUGAACGGCGAUCAGGUGAAAAUCGCCAAAGACAAGUACAUCGAGUUCGAGGAGCGUCCAUUCCGCCUCGUCACCGCGCUGAUCCGCAAAGAUCUUGGAAUUUAA